CAGCCCUUCUGCAUGGGAAGCGGUUAACUCCCACAGACAUCGGUCUGUCUGUGGCAAGGAACUGCCUUUGGGAGAUCAUGCAGUUUAACAACGCCUCCUCUCCGCGAUCCCCAUCUUUUUAAUCUGCAAAUACUUUUACAUGGAUUCGUUGACAAUCCAGUUCAGUGUGGAGUCACACAGUUUUGACGACUGCGAUGCCUCUCGCGGCCAGCGAGGCGGGCCACUGUCCCCUGUUCCCGGGGCCUCCUACGCGGCCGGGCGCUCCGCACCGCCCCGCCCGCUCCCUUCGGCCACCGCCUCAGCGCGCGCCGCCUGCCCGCCAAUGGACUGUGCACACGCAGCGCAGCCGCGCGGAGCGCCCCGGCAGCCGGCAGGUGCGGGAGGCUACCGCCGCCGCGGGCCGUUGCCGCCGCCCGGCUGCGCCACAGAGGCGUUCGGCUCCUUCCGCCGCCUCACCCCCGCCAGGCUUCACCGUCCGCCGAGAGGUCCCUCGGGCCGCGAACCGCCAGGCACCCCGGGGCCGGAGGCCGGAGGCCGGGGACGGGGGGCCUCGGCGCCAGGGGCCGCCGCCGCGCUGUAUUACCAAGUCUUAAAUUUUGCUAUGAUAGUGUCUUCUGCCCUUAUGAUAUGGAAAGGUCUGAUCGUCAUUACUGGAAGCGAAAGCCCUAUUGUUGUGGUGCUCAGUGGCAGCAUGGAACCAGCAUUUCACAGGGGAGACCUGUUGUUCUUAACAAAUUUCCAUGAUGACCCAAUCAGAGCUGGUGAAAUAGUUGUUUUUAAAGUUGAAGGCAGAGACAUUCCAAUAGUUCACAGAGUAAUCAAAGUACACGAAAAAGAAAAUGGGAACAUCAAAUUUCUGACUAAAGGUGAUAACAAUGAAGUUGAUGAUAGAGGCUUGUACAAAGAAGGACAGAAUUGGUUAGAGAAGAAAGAUGUUGUUGGAAGAGCAAGAGGAUUUUUGCCUUAUGUUGGUAUGGUAACUAUAAUAAUGAAUGACUAUCCAAAAUUUAAGUACGCUCUUCUGGCAGUAAUGGGAGCAUAUGUACUGCUGAAACGUGAAUCCUAAAAAAAAAAAAAAAAAUAAUUUUUCCGAGAGAAUAGUACAAAGUUAAAUAUACGGGAGGGAAAAAACGUAAUAUAUUUCAGAUGUUUUCAUUUCUGUACACAGUUAUAAAACCGAACAAGCUUUUGUCUGUCUAAAUAAACUGCACAACUAAUGACUGAA